CUCUAGUUCCAAGUGCGGAAGAGAAGGUACAAUUAUUCUAUGAAAGGCUUCAUAGCUAUGAAGACAAUGCAGAUGACAUUAUAGAUCAGAUUUCUUCAUUUUUAGGCGGCAAUGUCAUCCUGCGUAAUAAUCCUCGUAUUGUUGUGGGAGAAGAGGCCCACAAUAAUACGAGUUGUUCUACACCAGAUUCCUUACUUCCAUCUCCUCAUCCACCAUCCUCAGAGGGUCCUUCAAACCAGAUAUUUGUAGAUUCUUCUAUGCCACCUCCUCAGUUCACUCCAGUUCGUCCUGUGCCAUCCUCACAAUCUGCCCCAACUGAUCAUGCUCAUAGUGAAUUAUUGGAAUCAAUAAAAUGUUUCAUGGCUGACCAAGAAAAACUACACAUAGCGAGAUAUGAGGAGAUGGAACGUUUGAAUAAAGAGAGGUAUGAGGAGAUGGAACGAUUGAAUAAAGAGAGGCAUGACGCAAUCAUGGCAGCCAACUCUGAGAGUGAGUUUCUAAAUAGAGAGAGAAAUGUGGCAUUAAUGGAAAAGUUGGAUGUUUUGAUUGACAUCCUUCGACCUGUGCAUGCACAUUUUUCUGGGUGUGAAGACCCACAGGAUACACCUUCCAAUGCGCAUGCAAACUUUGAAGAUAGAUUCACCACACCCCAAGGAGAGCAUAAUAUAGAUAGUGCCCCCAAGGUAACUAAUAUGGCUGCACAACCUUCCAGAGACGCAAUCACCACACCAUCUCAUUCACCUGCACAUACCUAUGAGACACCACCAUCAAUUAUUUAUGAAGGGGUUGGUAACGAAGAACCUGGUGAUGAGGUAGAACAGGUAGUUCGAGAUGGCCGACCAUUGAGAUUAAGAAAACGUGCUCGAAACUUGUUAUCACCUUUCAUAUCAUGGCCAAAGAAACGUCGAUACUCAAAGUUAGAACCUCCUACUUUCAACCCUUUUAGGUUGCCUAUUGAAGAGGAUGUGCAAGCUUUUUAUAGGUGGUACAAUGGGGAUACAUGUGGUAGACCUGUCAUUCGUUGUGGCCUAUUAUUUCGAGAAAGAAGCUUUUUUGAGACAUUGUUGGCAAAGCAACAACAUAUUGAUAGCGAGCAUGUGGAUGAAAUAACCUAUAUCUUUAGAAAACGAAUGGACAAAUUUCAAGACAUCUUUCCACAAGAUAGAUGCAUUUUGACUGAUGAGUUUGGGAAAUAUGUUCGUGAGUUAUAUUGCAAGUCUCGAGAGACUAGCACCGUAGUAUACAAAAAAUCUCCACAACUAAUGUCAUUUGUUGAUGCAAUCAGACCCAUUAGAGGGAGAGCUUGGUCCAAAGUGAAUUACUUCUAUGUGCCAUGGAACAAUAAUAACAAACAUUGGAUGGCAUUGGUAGUAGACAUUAGAAUGUGGACAAUAUGGAUUUAUAACUCCAAUCCAGACUAUUGGAUCUCCAUAGAAGCAAUGGAAAGAUCAGUGCAACCACUUGCCGAAUAUUUUCCGCUAUUACUUCGUGAUAGUGGUCAUUUUAAUGAAUUUCGUGCUCAGUGUAAGUACUUCAUGAAGAUAGAAGUUGCCCCCACAAAUACUGUUCCUCAAAGCAAUAGAAUGGGAGAUUGUGGUAUAUUCAUGCUGAAGACAAUAGAAAUGCACAUUGCUGGUAAGUGCAACGAGUCAGCUAGAACGUUGCUAAACGACGACAACAUAGAUACUUUUAGACAAGCAUAUGCAGUUCAAUUAUAUGUAGGUAGUGCAGAUCCCUAGUUAGAUAUGUUUUUUUUUUUUGUUACGAACAUUCGCUUUUGGUGUUAUGUAUCUCUUAUACAAUAUUAUUAAAUGAUCAAAUUGUAAUGAUAUAAUUGAUUGGUCACUGCUGAAAAUUGAUUGAUUAUAGACAUCACUUACAGAAGACCCUCAAAUUGC